UCGAUAAAACUAGCAUGUUGUUCGACGGUCACCCUACUGCUUAGAAUAUUAAUGAAAACACAAAAAUGAAACCGAGAUCGCAGAAAACCCAAGGAAAAGCCAAUGGAAAACCAUUCAAUGGCCCUGGCAAAGUGGCCCUCAACCAUAAGCCCUAUUUCAAGAACAAAAACAAGCAAAAGGCCAAAGGGGAUAAACCAAAUAAACCCAAUAAACCAGAGAUCCGGAAAAUGAAACGCCAGGAAAAGGCUUCUCAGGCAGCGGCGGAAAGAGAAAAAGUUCGUGCGGAGCGGGAUGCCAAAGUAAAGGCCUACAAACAACAGCGUUUGGAGAAAACCAAGGCCAUUAGCAAAAGAACACAAAAAGGGCAGCCUUUGAUGAAGGAUCGCAUGCAGCUCCUUUUGAAGCAGAUCGAAGAGAUGAAGCGUCGUUAAGAGGCAAAAAUAUGAUUACUUUUAAAGUAGGUUUACUUUAUUUCUAGUUUAAAUAAAUUGUUUUCCACAUUUACUUUAGUUUGGCACAUAUUUUAUAAGUUGAAUACAUUAAUGAUUUGAUCUAAA